AUUCACACCAAUUAAUCCUACCCACUCACCAACCCCUCAAACCCAGCACCCAAAAGUACUUACUACAAAACGAAAGAAGCAAAAAUGCCCCACACCUCGCGCAAAAAACACCCUCACCCCAACAACACCCUGCAAGCGCAAAAACGACUCCAAAUCACCGACGCCACUACCGGCUGGACGCAUGUCACCACCAGCGGCAAAGCGCGCCGCUGUGCGCGCACAACCAAAGACCAACAAUCACAGUCCCAAUUCCAAUCGCCAACAAAAGAAGAAUCAGAAACAACAGAAACAUUCCACCCCGCCGAAGCCCCACCCACCACCACCCUCGACUCUCUCAAAUCCCAAUUCACCCAGAUCAUCCAACGCACAUGGAAAGAAUCAUCGACGUGCGAUGUGGUGGGGAGGACGCUUCACAAUAUCCUCCUCCCUCAAUUACAAUCACGAGAGUCGAAUACGGAUAAUACAGAACAAUCGCAUACAACAAUAGAGAAUAAGAAUACUGAGUUAGGGAUUGAUUCCAUCAUCUGCAUCGGUCUCGGCAGUCCGAGCGGAUUCCUUCGUGGAGGAUGGGUCGAUCGGCGAUUAGUUUCGCUGUAUCAGUUGGCGGCGUUGGUGGAUGUUGUUGCCUCUAUCUCUUCCUCUUCUUCUUCUGAUCCAACAAUAAAAACCUACGCUCAAGACCCUGUCUUCAAUACCCUCGACACGGCCCUCCUGUCCUCCCUCGACAUCACCGUUCUCGAGUCCCCCCUCGCAUUCGAUAAAGUAACUCCCCGUACAUUCCUCUUCUGUCCUGGCGCGGAGCGCACACAUCUUGAGCAGUUAUUGGCGCUGGAUCCGGCGUUUGUGUUUGGGGGACCGUUGGAAGAUGUCGAGUCGGAGGUGGUGAGUGCGUUUGUGAAGAGGAGGGGGUCCGUCAGGUUGCCGCUGUUUGAGGCGCAGGAGCAUGCGUUUUGGAAUAUGCGGAUUUAUUAUCCGUUGGAGAAGGAGGGGGAGGAGUAGUAGGGAGUAUCAUAUCAUCUAGAUGGGGAUGGUUGCCUCUCACCAUAGAAUAGUGGUGAAUGGCUGCUAUGGUGACAACCAUCUACUGGCUACACGCCUACGCUAUGCGCUCCGAAUGCCGAAUCGGCAUGCAUGCAACAAGGGUCGUAUUGUCAGCCCUAUGUGGAUCACACGCUCACGCUAUAUACAAACACGCCAAAUAGCACUUCGCGUAGAAUGGCGUCGUGACACUCGU